AUGGCGUCGAAGUCGCUUCUGCUGGGCGCCAUCUUGCUUUUCUGUCUCGCGGCAUCGGUGAGCGGGAACGGAGAUCUGAUCGUCGGUUCCACGUACGGCAAGCAGCUGAUACACCACGAGAUCUUCCAUAAGAAGGCCAUACCGUUGCAGAAGCGAACGGAGGAGGUGGAGAUAAGGGCGCCGGGCAACAAGACGAUCCAAGCGGUCGUUGUCAAGGAUAUAAAGGGCAACGGCGAGAGUUACAUAAAGCGCGGCGGUGUCGGGAUGAGCAGCGUGACCUUGAAACUAAAGAGCGCGAGGGGCGAGGGCUACAGAUUCUCCGUAGACAUUUACGCG